GUAGGUAAAGAGAUGUAGAAAGGGUGUGUCGCCAACAAAACGAAACCAAUCCAAAACUAGAAAUUAUAGCUGUUUUGGUUGGUACCUGAACCUACAACACGCCUCAACCACCCAAACACUUCCAUAGCCAUGGCUGCAACCUCAUCAUCACUCGCUUCUCAUCUCUCCAUUGGCCUUCGCCGCCAUUCCCCGAAGCUCGAUUCUCUCGGCUCUCAACCUUCUCUCUCUGCCACUCACUCCUUCUUCGACACUGUUCACUCCAACCUCCGCUUAUCCCUCACUGCUUCUAAACCCUCCCGCCCCGUCGUCGCCAUGGCCGGCACUGGAAAGUUCUUUGUUGGUGGCAAUUGGAAGUGUAAUGGAACAAAAGACUCCAUCAGUAAACUUGUCUCUGACUUGAACAGUGCGAAAUUGGAGGCUGAUGUUGAUGUUGUCGUUGCGCCUCCCUUUGUGUACAUUGACCAGGUGAAAGGCUCAAUUACAGAUAGGAUUGAAAUUUCUGCACAGAAUUCUUGGGUGGGAAAAGGUGGGGCUUUCACGGGAGAAAUCAGUGUGGAACAACUCAAAGACCUUGGAUGCAAGUGGGUUAUUCUUGGGCACUCAGAGCGAAGACAUAUUAUUGGAGAAAAAGAUGAUUUUAUAGGAAAGAAAGCUGCUUAUGCUUUGAGUGAGGGUCUUGGAGUGAUAGCAUGCAUUGGUGAACUCUUAGAAGAGAGGGAAGCUGGGAAAACUUUCGAUGUUUGUUACCAGCAAUUGAAGGCUUUUGCAGAUGCAGUGCCUAGUUGGGACAAUAUCGUGAUUGCAUAUGAACCUGUAUGGGCCAUUGGAACUGGUAAAGUGGCCACACCCCAGCAGGCUCAGGAAGUACAUGUAGCUGUUCGUGAUUGGCUCAAAAACAAUGUUUCUGCGGAAGUUGCAUCCAAAAUCAGAAUUAUUUAUGGAGGGUCUGUAAAUGGGGGCAACUGUGCUGAGCUUGCAAAGCAAGAAGAUAUCGAUGGAUUUCUUGUUGGCGGUGCUUCGUUAAAGGGUCCUGAGUUUGCUACCAUUGUCAAUUCAGCCACUGAAAAGAAGGUCGCCGCUUGAUUACUUACUGUGGUUUUGGAAAUAAGAGCGCAUUAAGGACAAAGACUUGAUAAUCUUAUAUAUGACAAUAAUGUGGAGUGUAUUAUAACAGUUUCAUCCCAAUCAAUCUUUGUUGUAAUUUUCUAUGCCAUAGUAGAAAAAGCAUGGUCGCAGUUUUCCAAUGAGCUUGUAUUCUCUUGUAACGAUUAGAGAUAAUUAAGCAUUUUAAAGGGCAAUAAAUGUUAUUCAAUAAACAUAGUUGAUCAUACCUAUCUAUCUUAAGACUUAA